AUGCAUGCGAGUCACAGUAGAGCGGCCACCGCAACGGGGCACCCGACGCCGCCGCAUACGCGACAAACACGCCACAGCCUUAUUUUUACCUCCGACGCGGAGACGCUCUCGCCGCGCCCGGAUAGCCCGCACCCGCUGGGGCCGCCGCAGCUGGCACGCGCAUCGAACCAGUCGUUGAUGCGCGUCGGCGACAGCCACAGUCACCGGCCGUCGUCGUCACGAUCGUGGCGCUCGGCGGCGAGUCGCCACAGCCCCGGUUCCCUUGGGCCCCACAGCGGCGCAGCGGAGUCACGGACAGGCGGCAACCGCUCCAGCGGCUGCAACGGCAGCGCCGGCCCCCCCGACGACCUCGGCUACUGGACGGUGACGUUCGUGACGAAGGGCGGCGACCGCGUCGGCGCCUCGAAGGUGAUGGCUCCCAGGGGAAAGGGGCCCUGCGCCUUUGAGGACGUCGUCGGCGCCAUCGUGGAGAACGCCGCCCUGCUCGGCCUGGCCGUCGCGUACGUCACCUACCUGGACCGGGACUUCCACAUCUACACCCUACUGACGCCCCAGAGCGUGCAGAACUGCACCGGCACUUUCCGCGUUGUGGUGGAGUCGAAGGAGGAGAGUUCGCAGUUGCCCCCCACGCCACCUCAGGACGCACGCGCGGGUUCGCACAGCGGGGCCAUUGCUGCGCCGGGGGCCUGCGCCUCAACGCCGGAAACCCCCGGCGUGCCGACGCUGAUGGAGGAGAUCUUGGGACGGCAAAAGCGGGACUCCACGGCAACCGCCUCCUCGAAGCGCAGCACGCCGGGCGGAGGCCUCUUCCGCAACGUUCCUCCCUCCGCCGGCUUGUGGCAGCAGCGCCGCCCGUACGACCUCCGCACCACGAGCGAGAAGGCGCAGGAAAGGCGCGAGGCGUUGGAGAUGGCGCUGGCGCUGACAACGACGGCGGAGGAGGGGGAACGCCGGGCGAUAGCCCUCGACGAGGGAAGCUCGUGGGCCACCCUCGCCGUGAUGGCAGACCGGCACAGAAGCGCCUUGGCGCGGGUCGCGCAAAAGCGACUGCACCACGGCCGGCAGCACCCACAGCGGCCACACACACUCCUAGCGAAGGGGAAAAGCGAGGCGAGAGCUGCGGAACAGGCGGCAAGUAUCAAACUACAGCCGCCUAAAUGCCCCUCAACAACUACUGCGCAGGCGUCCCCUCACAGCGACGUGCCUCACGGCAAGGAGGCCAGGGAACUGCGAGGCGCGCCGCAGCCUCACCCUGCAAAGGCAACUGUGCUGGACUCCCACCACCGCCCGGCUGCGCCGCCCGCGGACGCUGCAACAGCGCAGGCGCACGAAGGCGACACUAUGCCGGCACCACCUGUCGAACGCGAGGGCACCCCCACCAUUGAACCAACAGAACACUUCGGCCCCCAAAACGAUAUCCCGACCAACAUGCACGUGCAUGGGCAGCCCAUUCCAUCUACGGAAGCAAAACUUCCGACAACCAAGACAAAAACCCCACCGAGUGGAAAAGCAACCUCGCAGCCUUCACUAGUGACAAGAUCCUUGCUAGCACCGCCUAACCACAACACGCCUGCCGCUCCAGGCAGAACAUCGAGCGACACAAACGACCACGAUAUGAAGUCACGCGAGGAGCAGCAAGAAAAUGAGUUUACACCCACUCACAGCUCAAGGGCUUAUCUCCGCAAACGCCUUGCAUCACUGACAGAAAAACUUCAGCAACUCGAAAGCAUCGACACCACAUUACCAACACGCCCGAAAGCGAACACACCCGUCCGAAACAAAGAACAAAGCAGUCCACUACGCACCAAUGAAAAUCAAGAAAGAACAGUAAAACCGCCUAAACAAGGUAAACAAGCAGAACAAGUUUGGCAACAAUCGCCGCACACCGCCAAGGGAGCUGAAGAAGCUGCGCCAGCCGAAGCAGGGAAGGAGGCCGUACUGCCGCCGCAGACCACCGAGGAGGCUGAGGAAGCCGCGCCAGAAGAAGCAGAGAAGGAGGCCGUACUGCCG